AUGGAGUUGUAUUUAAACAUGUUGUCAUUCUGGUAUAUUCUCCUGGCCACAUCAUUCUUCGGCCCUAGCCAGGCUGUAUACCAGGCUCCAUUGUCAGUUGAUGAAUCCCAAAAGGUAACAAUUGAAGAGGGAUUCCAGAUCUUCACGAGCAAGCAUUCUCCUCAGCACUCAAUCCGCAUUAAGAAGCAAGAUGGCUCAAUUUGUGACGCCCAUUCCGCCCAAUACACUGGAUGGUUAGAUAUCGGGCCGAAGCACCUUUUCUUCUGGUACUUUGAGAGCCAGAACGACCCCGAAAAUGACCCACUCACGUUGUGGAUGACCGGCGGACCAGGCUACUCCAGUAUGCUAGGGAUGCUUGAAGAGGUAGGCCCUUGUUUGGUCAAUGAGUAUGGCAAUGGUACAAAAUAUAAUCCAUGGGGUUGGAGCAAGAAGUCAUCAAUGCUGUUUGUUGAUCAGCCCGUUGGUGUCGGCUUUUCUUAUGGCGACGAGGGCCAUGACAUUCCAAACGAUUCAUAUCUUGCUGCUGUGGAUAUGCACAGAUUCCUUCAGUUGUUUAUAUCUGAGGUCUUCCCGAACAAACUGAAUUCUCCAUUUCAUAUAUCUGGAGAGUCUUACGGUGGGCAUUAUAUUCCAUACCUUGGAGCGCAAAUUGUGCGACAAAACAAACUUUAUCCAAAUGAGCCGCAAGUACAGCUCAAAUCUUGCUUAAUAGGUAAUGGAUGCAUGUCACAUAUGCACACCACAUUCGGUUACUGGGAGACCCUUUGCACGACCAAUCCCGGCGUCGAAAAGCCUAUAUUCAAUGAAACCAGAUGCGAUAUCAUGGCAAAGAAUAUGCCUAGAUGCAUGAAAGUCGCUGAGGUUUGCCGUCGCAAUCCGGAUCCAGCGAUAUGCCUCUCUGCACAAUCUGUCUGUGAUGAAGGUAUCACUGGACUGUACAAUAAAGAAUCUGAUGUUAAAGGUGGUCGUAAUAGAUUUGACAUUACUACCCCUUGUCAAGCGGACGAUAUAUGUUAUGUUCAAGGUCUUCAUCUCCAGAAUUAUUUAAACACAAAGCUUGUUUGGGAUGCUCUUUCCCCUCCAAAGGAAGUCAAAGAGUACAAAUUUGCUUCCAAAAAUGUUGAGCACGCCUUUGGCCUAACAUCGGACUCUAUGGUACCUUCAACUGAAGAAGUGGAGUUUCUCCUUUCAAACCAAAUCCACAUUAUGAGCUACCAAGGUAAUCUAGACCUUGCGUGCAAUACUGCAGGAAACUUGAAAUGGAUGCACGACAUUCCUUGGAAAGGUCAAGCUGAGCUGUCUUCUAAAGCUCUGGUCCCAUGGAAAUCAGUCCUGGCGUCUACGGGGAAGAAUGAGACCGUAGGAAGAAUGAAAGAAGUCAAAAUUCGUGUCACAGAUAGUGCAACUUUUGCUACUAGAUAUGCUUUUGUCACAGUGGAUAAUGCUGGCCACAUGGUUCCGCAAGAUCGGCCUGACGUAGCCUUUGAUUUGAUGAACCGUUGGAUUUCUGGCGAAACCUUUGUAUAA